AUGGCUUCCGUUGAUUUCUCAAAUAAUUUUCCUUCAAGAAAACGCAGAUCUGGUAUUUGUUUUUUACUUUUAGUUACUUCUAUUAUCUUAUUUUUAUAUAUAUGUUAUAUAUUAAUCUUAUUACAACCCCUACUUGACUUUGUUUACAUUGGCGCAGCUGUGGGAAUUAGUUUUCAUAUAGUAUUUAUGUUGUUUAUUCUAUCAUUCUAUCAAUGUGUAACUACUGAUCCGGGAAGAGUACCUUCUAAGUGGGGUUUUCGUGUUGGUGAUGAAUCUAAAAGAAGAAGAUACUGCAAAGUAUGCCAGGUAUGGAAACCUGAUAGAACUCAUCAUUGUUCAGAAUGUGCUAGAUGUGUUCUUAAUAUGGACCACCACUGUCCAUGGAUUAAUAAUUGUGUUGGAUUUUAUAAUAGAAAAUUCUUUAUUCAAUUAUUAAUAUAUGCACAAUUUUCACUUGUAUUCAUAUUUUUUCAAGGAACUUUAUUUUUAAUUGAACAAUAUGUUUCCUUUUGGCCUUAUAAUCAUGAAAUAGAUCCAACACCACUUGGAAGAUCUAUAGAAGCUUUUAAAGUAUUUAUUGUUAUUGCAAUGCUUAUUAUUACAACACCUUUAUUAUUAGCAUUAUUUCCUUUCUCACGCUUACAUAUUGGAUUUGUAGUACGUAAUAUUACUACAAUAGAAAGUUUAAGUCCUCAAAGUCCUGAAUAUGGUAGAUAUGACCUUGGACCUGAAAGAAAUAUCCAACAAGCAUUUGGAUAUAAUCCAUUACAUUGGUUCUGUCCAUUUAACAAUAGAUCAUCACGUCCCGCAGGAGAUGGAGUUAGAUGGCCAGUUAGAUGCCCAGAAAUUGAUAUUGAAUUGGGACAAUUUGCAGCUUAUAAGACAACAGAAAAUACUAAUCAUAUUUCUUUAAAUACUUAUCAUCAACAAGGUCAAUCUUUCUCACCUUAUGGUGGUAGUAAUAGCAUUUAUCAUCAAAUAUAA